UUUUUGUUUUUAAUUUUUAUCCAGAAAAUCAUCCAUUUGCUACUAACAAGACUUAAAUCUUAAAAUUAACAUGGGUAUUUUGUAAUCGCUAUGGAGAGAUACGACCCGUCGCAGUUAACAGAGUUCCCUCGAUUCGAAGGAGAGGCGAGUCAAAGUGGUGUUUCUACGUUUUUCAAUAAACUAUGGAAGUUUCCUCUAUUCUCACCUAGUGAGUCCUCCGACAAUCUGGAGAACAAGGUGUCUGUUGAAGAUGCGAAGCCUACAGAAGAGGAAAAGGAGAAUUAUGAUUUAAAAACAGAAGUCAGUUACACUGGAGAACUUGAAGGACGAAGCUUGCCUAAUGUUUUAAAAAGAAUAAAGAGCCUAGUGGCGUUAGGUUCAGGGGGUGGUACCAAGUAUGCGGACACAGAGCUAGCUCGAUACUGGAUGCCAGAUGACAUAUCUAAAGAGUGCUACGAGUGUGCUGCCAGAUUUGGAACCUUGAGGCGAAGGCAUCACUGCAGAGUCUGUGGACAAAUAUUCUGCUCACGCUGUUGUAGCCAACGGGUGCCAGGUCAAAUAUUUGGAUGUGCGGGUGGGUUGCGUGUGUGUACAUACUGCUGCAAUGUUGUGCUCAGCUAUCUCCGAGAGAAUGACAUGACAGGGGAAAUAACACCAGAUCUGAGAACUUUACAGGAGAAUCUACAGACAAAGUUUCCAGACAACAAAGCAGAGGCACAGAAGGAGGAGUUUCUAUUUGCCAGAGAACAGGAGCUAAGCGAUAAAAAAAGCUUUGCCAAAGAUCUGGUUGAUAUAUACCAACAGCUGACCUACUCUCUACCCAUACAACAACAUAGAUAUCGUCUCGUCAAGUACAAUGGCGUCUGGCGCGGCGGCGACAUUCUGCAGUGGGUCAUGGACAAUACGUCGUACAAAUCGAAAUCGGCUGCGGAGAACGUGUGUCAACGUCUGCUCGGCGCGGGGCAGCUCGAGCGAAUGACGGAGCCGCCGCAGUUCGCCGAGUACGCGCUGUACCGUCCCCGCGCCUCGCCCCCGCCCCAACCCGCCAGCGAGACAAGGACGGCAUCUGAAGAGAGCGGCAUAGUGUCGAGCGGCCGGAGCGUAUCUUCGUACUGCCUCGACCUCAACUUGGGCACCAGCUGCGCUAGACUAACCAAAGCCACCAAACGAGUGGACAGCAGUUCAGAACUAAAAACACCUCAGUCGUGUGACGACCAGCCCGUCUUAGAACAAAGUUACGAAACAGGACGGGCGCUCUGUCGCGGGAUCGAGCAGUCUGGGGCGGAGCAUCUGGCGCUGUUGAUGCGGCAGUGGGCGGCGCGCGCGGGCCUCGCCCCCGCCUGGCUGCCUGUGUUGUACCCGCUGUGCGCACGCGCCGCGCAUCUCGUUGACAUAGACAUGAUGAGUGGUGACAUGGACGUGCGCAAGUUCGUGCAAAUCAAGAAGGUGCCGGGCGGCGAGAUGAGCGACAGUCGCGUCAUACAUGGCGUCGUCAUCACGAAGAACGUCACGCAUAGAGGAAUGCCGAAGCAGAUAUCAAAUCCCACAAUCCUUCUUCUAGACUGUUCUAUCGCGUAUCAGAGGGUAGAGGGAAAACUGACUUCGUUGGAGCCAUUACUAAUGCAGGAACAAGAGUAUUUGAUGCGGUGUGCGGCGCGAAUAUCUGCGCUGCGGCCGCGCGUCGUGCUAGUGCGGGGGAGCGUUGCCGGCGCCGUACAGGAAUGCCUGUUAGCGAGCGGCGUGGCUUUGGCCGUGCGAGUUGGCGGCGACGCGCUCGCUCGCGUUGGCCGCUGCGUGCGUGCUGACACCGUUAGCUCGGUAGACGCCCGCAUAGCGGCGCCACGCCUCGGCUCCGCGGAGAACUUCUACGUCACUACAUAUCCUUCAAAAACCUUGAUGGUUUUUGAGGGUUGUGCGGAACCGAACCUGGGAUGCUGUAUACUCCUUCGAGGCGGGUCUCUUCAGGAGUUAGCGAAAGUCAAACGCCUAGUUCGUUUCAUGGUCCUAGCCUGCUACAAUUGGAAACUAGAAAAAGCAUUCCUAGCUGACAUAGAAGCUAAAUUGCCUGAACCAGAUACCUUUGUGGCUGAUGACGCAGAAAACGUAAUAGACGCUCCAAGACCAGAAGACACAUCAAGCAAUAUAUCCAAUUUAGAUGACUGUGGAGACGACAUAUUUGAUCGAGCUAAAGACGAGGACGAAGACAAACUCAGUGAAAACAAAUCGAUUAAAAGUAUAGACACUAGUUCUGUUAAUGGCGAAGAAAGAGACAGCGACAAUGUAUUCGAAAGUAAGAACGAAAGAGACGGAAACAAAGUUAAGGCGAGGAAAACUGAGAGCGAUAAAAACCUGAGUUGCGGAGUUCCGAUUAGAGACUUCAGUGAUCCGCUACGAUCUACGAUGUCGUUGGACGAUGAAGUGUUUCUUCCCAAACAGGAGGCUAAGUUGCAAGCUGAUACGCAAAGUGAAAGAUGGUGCACAGACGACGUAGUGUUGUCCAUGUCGCCGAACAUCGUGGUGCCGGCGCCGACGCGGCCGCUGCGCCGCCCCCCGCCCCCAGCGCCGCACACGCCCCGCCCACACCGCGCGCCACCCGAGCCGCAGAGAGCAAGCAAAACACACGAGUUCAUCACGAAACCCAUCACCACUUCGGCGGACGACCCUGAGUUUAAAGCAGCGCUGGCGAGCUUCCGAGCGAAUGGCGGACGAGUAUUGAAUGGACAUAAACCGGAAUGUCCAAAGUACACCGCAUCCAUAGUCAAGCCCGUAGACAAUGAAGAGGAGAAAAAGCAGACGGUAUCGGAAAUUCCCGAUCCUCUUUCGCCGGAGAAUCAUCAGCAGCUCAGUCUACUCAUAUACAGCUACUGCAGCAAGUCGCCGAAUGUGCCUGACUUCUGUGUCAACCCGUGGAUCGUCACAAUGGUGAUGUACGGCAAACAUGACAUCUCCCUCGGUGCGUUUCUCGAGAAGUACUGCUUUAACGGCGACCACCGCUGCCCGUCACAUACGUGUCACGUGCCGAUGAACCAACAUGUGCGCAGGUUUGUACACGAAGACGUAUGCGUAACGAUCACGUGCAACACGGUCGGACACAGCAACGUCGAUGACGAUAAACUGGACGAACAGCAGGCUAGACAGGUUCGUUUCUGGUCGAUGUGUGAAGUGUGCAAAAGCUCUGGCCCCGCGGUAACCGUAUCACGACGUGCGCUCGCACUAUCCCUGUGCGGGUAUGUGCGUGCUCGCCUCGCCGCGCCGCGCUACCGCCGCCACUGCCCGCACCCGCUCAACACGCACACGCACGCCUUCCGCUCCGGACUCACCACGGCGCGAUUCAGAUACGAGAAGAUAACUACGUACGACAUAGUGUUGCCGCCUGACGAGAUCCGCACGAACUACGACACGAAGCAGAUGCGAGACGCGCUUAUAGCUCAUCUAAACGAGCUUAUGCUUAAAGGUCACGAGGCGUUCACUGGCGUGUGCGAGGCGGACGGCGAGCGCGAGCGCGAGUACGCGGCGUUCCGGCAGCACGCCGACACCAUACACCUGGCGCUCACCGCGCCGCCCGCGCCGCGCUCGCCUGCUGCGGCAAUACGUAACCUGUGGGCGGUGUAUGACAGCAUUAUAACCGGAGAGAAGAUGCUACGAGACGCGCUAGAGAAGUGGUCCAGUCCCAACGCCAAGACCAAGGCUGAUACGUCUGCUGAAGAAAAGGAUUUAGAAGACUGCAGCGAAGUCGUGAGCAGUGACAGUUCAGAACUUCUGAAGGAUUCCGAUGCACACUUAGGUGAUGAAGACGAGGAGAAAGGAGAGAACAAGAAGACUGUGAAGCAGAUUCUCUCGCAGCUGCUGUCCAACAACCACAGCUCUAACCAGGCGAGCAUAAUAAUAUCGAGCGGGCUGGUGCCGGUGGUGGUGCGCGUGGGGGACGUGGGCUCCGUCAUCGCCGCCACGCUCGCCUCGCUCACAUACCACAAGAGUCUGGCGCAGCUGAGGCAGAGUUGCAGUGCCCAGACUGAGAGUGAGGAGGGAGAUACAAACACUGGGAAGGACAAGACCGACGGAGACAAGACUAAAGCGAAGACCAACGACCAUAUCGAGGUUCAACUUAAGGAGGGUCUUAUCUGCCGUGUGUACUACGCGGCGCAGUUUCGGCGGUUGCGGCACAUGCUGGUCGCCCCGCUAGCGGCGCUCGACACCGAGCCCGCUAUUUGCUGCGAUGAGACUAAAGAUGAUGGCAAAAGCCUGUGCGACAUAGAGGAGGGUUUCGUGCGGUCGCUGGCGCACUGCGUGCCGUGGGCGGCGCGCGGCGGCAAGUCCGGAUCCACGUUUUGCAAGACACAAGACGACCGUUUCGUUUUAAAAGAGAUGACGAAGCCCGAGUGGCAGCAGUUCCUGGAGUUCGCGCCGCACUACUUCCAGUACGUCAUCAACUGCCGGCAACGGCGACAGCCGAGUCUGUUGGCGCGCAUAGUGGGCGUGUUCAGUGUGGGCGGUUCCAGCAGCGGUGUGCUUGUGCUGGAACACGUGUGGUACGGGCGCGCGCCGGCGCUGCGCUUCGACCUCAAGGGCACGUCCCGCCCCCGCGCCCUGCCCACCGCCGGCCCCGCCCCCGCUGACACCGGGGUUAUGUUGGACGAGAAUCUUCUCAAGUUGCGAUGGGAGCGGCAGCUGUACGUAUCGUGGGCGGCGGCGGGCGCGCUGCGGCGGGCGGUGGAGCGCGACACGGCCUUCCUGCUGCAGCACCACGUGAUGGACUACUCGCUGCUGCUAGGCAUCGAGGACCGCCGGCUGGUGGUCGGCAUCAUCGACUACAUCCGCACAUUCACAUGGGACAAGAAGCUUGAACACUUAGUCAAGAAGAACCUGGGUUCCGGACAACCAACCGUCGUUUCCCCAGAGCAAUAUCGCGAGAGAUUCUGCGCAGCGCUCCGAAAAUAUUUCCUGCAAUGCCCGCACCAUUGGGACCAUUUGUAUGAACAGACGUAGAGAAUUUUCAAACUGGAAUGUCAUUUUUAGGGUUCCGUACCCAAAGGGUAAAAACGGGACCCU